AUGGCGGGUGCGGCGGAGAGGCGGGUGCUGAUUAUGGGCGACGGCGGCUCCCCCGCCGGGGCGGCCAUGGGGGAUCGCGCGGGGGGCGGGCGGCGUGCUGCAUCUGGCGCACCCGAAAACAGGCGCGUCGCUGGCGGGGGCGCGAUGGCGCGGGCGGCGGUGUGCUACAUGCAGCAGGGCGAGGCGGUGGUGGAGGUGGCGUGGUUCAAAGACGCGCUCUCCUCGUGGCUGCUGGGGGACUCCGUGCUCCAAGAUGGCAGUCUAUUCAUGGCGACGCCCAUUGAUGCCGCCUUCAUGCUCCUGCCCAUCCUCGAUAAGAGCAGGAUGAAGAAGGAGGGGUCAGACAGUGAAGGAAUGUUCAGAUCGCUGGAUGAGAUCUGCACCGUUGAUGGAUUCCCAUCCUACGGCUGGCUGCAGUCGCAGGGAGUGUGGGAUCCCGUUCUCCCUCUCAUCACCGACAUCAGAGAGGUGGGCAGCACACGGUUCUACAGGCUGAAUGACGGUCGGGUGUUGGCAUGGCUCACAUGCAAGGUGGCGGCGCUCAAGGCAGCGCUGAGGCAGCACGGGGAGGCGCCGGUGAGAGGGCUGCCAGACACCGACCUGGAGGCAUACGCGGUGGGGCUGCUGGGCGAGUAUCUGCCCGCCUCCUUCCACGCUGCCCUCUGCCGCCACCUCUCCAUCAGUGAGGGCGAGGUGAAGCAGAGCCAGCAAGGGGGGCAACGCCUGGCCAGCCCACCUGCCACUACUGCCACUCAACCCAAGCACUCGCACGCGAUCACUGAUCACAUCCGCGCCUCCUCUUCAUCCUCGCUGCCGAUAGAAUCCCCGCCGCCGCCACCAAUCGCGCUCGCGCCCACGCUGCUCUCUUGCGCCGCGCCUUCUCGCGCAUCUCGCUCCACACCUGCGGCGGCGCGCCGCCAUCUCGCGUCGCCCCCCCGCAUCCCACUCGCCGCUUGA